AAUAUAAAACUAGGAGCCAGCAACCAAUUGGGGUAGUGAGUCCCGGGUUUGGCGAGGAUUAAACGUGUCGCUCAUUCGUUCCCUUUCUAUACAACGUUCGUUUUGUUUAGUUGUCUGCGUACGAUCCACCCAUCAAACGUCUUGUCCAAGUUUAAAUCGCAAAUUGUUUUUGCGUCUGCCUAUAAAAGCUCCGUUUCUUUAUUGGCUUAUUCUGGAAUUUCCACUUUUUCUCGCAUCGCUUUGUCGGUCAUGGACACCCACUCACAAUUUCGGCCAGUUGCCACGCUGCAUCAGCAUCAGUUUUCAGAUAAAAGAAUGAGUACCAAUCAACAAGACUGCAAUGGCAAUUUGGUGCAAACUGAAAAGAAGCCCUUUGUCGACCCAAAGUGUGACCCGACAAAAAAGGCUGAAAUCUCGAUUAAACAGUUAAGGAUCGCCAUCAAGGACUGCAAAUUGCCUAGCUCUCACGAUGAGUACCUUCGGAAAUGGCUGCUAGUGAAUGGAUUCGAUGUGGCUCGCGCUGAGAAAAUGCUCCGGCAGUCAUUGGAAUGGAGGCGAGUAAAUGAAGUGGAUACCAUAUUUGAGAGAUAUACACCUAGCCAAGUCUUUAUGAAAUAUUUCGCCAUUGGACAAAUUGGGAUCGACAAAUUUGGCUGCCCUGUCUUUGUUCAAUGUUGUGGGAGAACAGACUCAAAAGGAUUUUCAUUGAGUUCCACAAAAAAAGAAUUUUACAAUUAUUGCAUUUGGAUGUUGGAAUCCUACGUCAAAGCAACUAAAGUGGAGACAGAGAAAACAGGGAAACUAGUAACUCAAACAUCAUACAUCUUCGACUACGAAGGGUUCUCAAUGAGGGAAAUUGCCAACAAAUCAAACUUGGAUAUGGCCUUAAAUGUUACUAGGUUCCUAUUCCUUCACUAUCCUGACAGCUCUCGACGAUUAUUCAUCAUAAACGCUCCUUCCUUUUUCCCGUUAAUCAUGAGGUUGAUCAAACCUUUCUUACACGAAUGUGACGGCCCCAAAAUCAAAGUUUUCGGCUCCGACAAGAAGGAAUGGACUUCCGCUUUGCUGGAAGAAAUUGAAGCCGAUCAACUUCCCGCCUUUUAUGGCGGUACCAUGACCGAUCCCGAUGGCGAUCCCAAAUGCCCCAGCAAGUUAAACAUGGGAGGUAAAAUUCCUUCUUCGUACUACCUGAGCAAUAACCCACCGGUUGCUAAGGACUACAUGGAAACUAUGAGCAUCGGCGCUGGGGGAAGGAAAAAAUUGAAAUAUGACGUCGACGUCGUUCGUUCUAACUUAAAAUGGGAAUUUAUGACGGAGGGAGGCGACAUCAAAUUCGGACUCUCCAUUAAACAUGCCAAAAUCACUAACGAUUUGGUUGCGCUCUCACAUGUUGACAGCCACUUGAUAAUGGAGGAAGGUGAAAUCGUUUGUGAACAACCCGGCAAAUAUGUCUUCGAGUUUGACAACACCUUCAGCUACUUGCGGUCGAAAAAACUUCGCUACCAUAUCCUUAUAGAAGCGCCCUCAUCGUCAAACGUCAUCGAAUUAUAGAAGAUCACACAAUUACACAGAGUUUAUA